CAAUGGAGUAGUAGUCACCAGCGACCAAGAAAUCGGGAACCCUCGUUUCCCAUCUCGUGGCCCGUUGGCGCGAGCGGCGAGCGUGCAGCGUCAGACAUUUUCCGGACGGACGCUUUUCUAUCCCAAGCCUAUCCAUCUAUUUAUCGACUCGCCCGCCGCACUACGCUUCCACUUCUCCCUUCCACCGCUGCGCUUCGUGGUAGCUGCUGCUCCUGCUCCUGCUUACCUCACGGCACGGCCGCCGCCGCCUCCAAGUCCCACUAGCUGCAGCUAACUCCCGCCGCCGCCCCCGAUCCGACCGAGAGCGAGCAUGGCGCACUCCCUCGCCGCUUCCUUCUCGCCGGCCGCCGCCGCCGCCCGGCGCCAGGUGACAAAUGUGAUUUCAAGCCGGAGCUCGGUUUCCUUCCAGAGCCACAGGAUGACUUCUGUAUCCAUCCGUUCAAGACCAAGUUCUCUUCGGUUUAAGAUUUGCUGUUCGGCUAAGAAAGAGACAGUCGACAAGGUUUGUAGUAUAGUGAAGCAGCAGCUGGCUCUUCCCGAUGGUACUGCUCUCACCGGCGAAUCAAAAUUCGCUGAACUUGGUGCUGAUUCACUGGAUACGGUUGAGAUUGUGAUGGGCCUCGAGGAGGCAUUCAACAUAACUGUCGACGAAACUAGUGCACAGGACAUCGCAACGGUGCAGGAUGCGGCGGACCUUAUUGAGAAGCUUAUGCAGGAGGCACCUCCAAAGGUCGUCUAGAUCCAUCAACCUUGCGAUCUAUGACUUUGCAUUCAAUCUCUGUUGUAUGUUAAAUUGUUCAUGUUACCAUUUGUUCUUUCUUGAUGAUUCAAGAUGAGAUUUUUGUAUUGAUGUUGCUGAGGUAAAUUAGAUGCUCCAUCCAAAGGCUACAUGAAGCAGAUGAAGACAAAUGUAUUCCACUUUCCAUUCGUAUGUUGUACUACUAUAGAGAAACCCAUGAACUAUUAUGAAGAGUCACUACAACUAUCGUUAUUGAUUUUUGAGAAGUCUCGCACAUGAAAGACUGAA